GUAUUGGGGAGGUCACGUUGCUCAAGGGGAACUACAUGAGCCACGUCUACGCAGGGACAUUUCCUUUCGCUUGUGCGGUGGUCGACCCAUCCACCGCCAUCCACCGAUGAUGAAGUCGAGGUUGAUGGCCUCGCGACUCUAAAGGAAUUGACGACGAUGACCCAAGUGCUGCAUUGGAUCGUUGCACUUCUAAUCGUGGCAUUCGGGGCCACGCUGCCGGUCUACUCGCAAGGCUGCGGCAGCCGCCAAUACAGAUCCAAAGGCGGUUUCUGCUGCAAGCUCUGUCCUGCAGGCAGGUUCCUGGAAGAAGAAUGCCACUCGCAAGGAAGCGCGUCCUUCUGCGAUGCUUGUCCUGGCGGUUUCUACACGGCCAUCGAGAACUACUCCGAAAAAUGCUUCAAAUGCAAGCCGUGCGAAUUAGACGAGGUGGAAGAAAGUCCGUGCAGCGCAUCCUCGGACAGGGUCUGCAGGUGUAUGCCGGACUUCUACAAACGGGAGGGUGAACACUUUUGCAGGCCACAGGCCCCCACCGCGACCGCAGAUUCCCAAGCAUCUGAUGGACCCACCCUUCCGAUUGCCAUUGGCUGUGCUGUUGUCGGGUGUCUUUUAGUCGCAGCAGUGGCUUGUUAUGUCCUGAUAAGGAAAUUCCGGCGACGCGCCAAUCCGGAGAAUUACGGUAUUCCGAUGGAGGUAACGUCAAAUAUAUCCAAGAGCAGUCGAGACAACAUUGUCAACAACCAAGCACAGCUCGAGCCGCUUAUUCACACUUCCGUUUGCUCUAAUGGGACCGUCUUGGUACAACCAACUGACUAUUCAAGAUAUAAUAAACCCGUCACGGAGGAAGACCUCGUGGAAAUCCACAAGGCUCGAGCAAACAGCUCGGCGGUGGCCUUCGUGAAUGUGAUGAGGAACGCCGGUCUUUCGGAAAUAAACAUUGAAAGGAUCCAGCACGACCACAAAAACAACGUGGAGGAGCAAAACCACAAGAUGUUGUCUGAGUGGUUGCAGGUGAUGGGUAGGAAAGCCACAUUUGCCGCCCUUCUAAAGGCUAUGGAUGAGUGCCGUUUCCACAAGCUGAGCGAGGACUGCCAGGACAAGUUUGACGAAAUAAUUAAACGGAAAGGUCUUCAAAAAUCCGACAAAAAUUAUGAUGACAAAGAUGGUCAAACGGGUGAGGUGUAUUGCACAGAAUAAACUAAACAAGAGAAAACACAAACUUGCAUCUCUCUUUAGCUGUGAAGCUGAACCAAAGCACCAUUUUGGAGUGGGUGUAUUACGUGUUGUUGGAGGGAAAAAAAGCAGAGGACCCGCGAGGAAAAAAUCAACGCAGACCACCACAGGGUGAGAGACACACAUUCAAAAUAUACACCAGCAGGCGUCAGGGGUUCCGGAUAGAACCCACGACCUCUUGCAUACCAGGCAAGGUAGUAAACAUCUCCCAGCCACCGCGUCUUGAGGCCGCAGUUUACACGAGCUACUGACCAUUGUGGUGGUAGGGCAACGGGGCUAAACUGUACUGAUGAGCCCUAAUGAAGGUGAAACCGGUAUGAGCACCGUUGCACAUCAGAGCAACAUGAAUAUAUUGGUUAACACGUAGGAGGCUUUCGCGACAAAUAUAAUCCGUAAUAAAGGAGUUUUUUGUGGGUUAGAUGGCGUAAAUAUAAAUGUAGUCUCGUUAAACACUGCCGCCACCACCCGACAGCCAAUCCGUAAGGAGUUAGUUAUGUCAACACAAUUCUGGCAAAUUUCCCAAUGGAGCUGCUGGUUGUUGUAAUGACUAGUGAAACAUCACACACCAGCUAACUCGAAUUGUAAAAAGUUGUUGUGCAUUUACUACUCUCCAACACACACAACCGGUUUAGUGCACCAAACUAAGUAAACUAAAUUGGCCGCGUUCUGUUUUACAUGACACAAACCCCCUCACUUGAAUGCCUGUGUGUUGAUUGGUGGUGACGGUAGUGGGUUCAACGGCACGCAUUUAUAUUCAACACAAUCUAAUAAAUAAAAAAUACCUUUACUAUGCAGGAAUAUAUUUGUGUCGCCGAAACUGCAAUGGGCGUGCACAGGUUAGCAAGUCGCACGCGCGGAUGCAGGCGUGCGGGUGGGGUUGACCCUGGGCGGCCCCUCCACCAUCAUCAUUCCCAUCAGGGGCAGUUAUAAAAUGAGGCGUACUUUGUGGGAAAUUCAGCGUAAGUACUUGCGUACGUUGAACUUCUUUGGGCAUCGUACGUAGUCAACCACGCUAAUCGGUAGGUGGCGGGCGGGCAGGGACAAACCGACCUUUUAGCAAGAUGUCACGUUGAUCGAUUGCCAGCAGAACAUCGCACAAAAUUGUUCCAAUAAAAAAGAAACCUCGCUAUUCAACA